UCCCUCCCCAAGGGCUCCCGUUUCCCAGAAGUCACGGGGGCCAAGAGUGACGCGCCUCUGGCCACCGCCUUAAAGCGCCAGCAGCUGGGACAGGUCCACACAGCGGAGUCGGGGGAGCUCCUGGUUCAGAGGAAGGACUUGGCGACUCCGAGCAACUGGACCCAGGCGCUGGGCGGAGACCUUCAACUCCUGCACCGCACGGCCGGGAAACCGCCUGUCCAGGCAACUCUGCGGGACUCUGAACACAAGACCUCAUGGGGGAGGCACAGUCACUCUUGCAGGAGGAGCCAGAGCCUGGAGACCUGCUGGAGAUCUUCCGGGGUGCUUACAAGCACUGGGCUCUCUGCGUGUACAAUGGAUAUGUGGUCCACCUGACAGUGCCAGGUGAACGGUGGCCUUACCAUUGGGGCAUCUGUCCUGGGAGGCAUUGCUCUUGCUGGUGCUGCACUUGCCAUAUUCCAGGUGGUAAAAGGAAACUCGAAGGAAGGAGAAGGAGAAGAAGAGCGCCAGUGAAGGCUUGUGCCCCCCCUCCCCGGCGCCUGUGCCCACCCCCUCCCCCCACAUGUUCUCCCCAUCUGGCUGCUCUUCUGAGCUGGCUGACUCCUCGCAGGGCAAAUGGCAAUCCUGGGCCAGAGGUGGGCUUGGGGCACAAUGGAGUGUGUCUGGCCGGGUCUCCCGGGUUUGGGGAGGGGGCGGAUGAUAACGCUAGUCGUGCUGCCAGUGCCCGGCUUCUGUUCUCGCUCUGGGUGUCGUCAAAUCACCAAGUGAAGCUGAAGAAGAUUCUCUGCACAUGCUCAAUAAAUCAGCGGAACUGGUCCUCCAGCAGUGUCAACAAUGUGUGUUAUGGAUGUGCACAGAACCGGUUCGGAGGCCCUUUAUGGGCCUCCCAACCAGUUUGAAAGUCUGGCGGUUCGGCUGGUUCAAAGCUGCGGGCGAUAACUUCAAGGGCUGGGGAGGGUGCUCUUAAUCUCCCCCCCCCCGGACGUUGUGGAGUGGAAGUGUCCAGCCUGCGCAUGUCACAGGGUGGGUGGUGGCCACGUCUGCGUCUCUGAAGCAGAACCACCCUGGCAGGACUUUGCUGGUCUGGGGGAUGCCACAGGGUCGAGGUGGGAACUGCCUUCUGGGUGGGAGAACUCCACGCAGGGUCCAGGCCGUCUCCUCCAGCGGUCCAGCUGGGGGACUGGGGCUCUUGCCGGGAUGGGGCGGGAGGGGGCCUCUGCUGGCAUCCGCACGCCUGGUGACCCAGGGGGUGCUGGUGGCCCAGAAGCCACCUCUCUUGGUCCAAGUCCUGUGAGGUCCGCAGGGAAGUCCUGAGUGGUCCGUGGCGCAGGGAGGCUGCCUUGG